AAGAUGAAGUUUGAGAAUAUACUAGCAGAGCUGAACGGCUUUGGGACAUUCCAACUUAGAAAUAUUCUCCUUUUGGUGAUCCCUCGUGUUACUUUGCCCUUUCAUUUUCUACUUAAUAAUUUUAUUGCAGCUGUACCUCUUCACCACUGCAGUCUGGGUCCUCUGGGUGAUGAAGGCGUCUUUGGGAAUUUAACUCUGGAGCAGAGACUCACUGUCAGUAUCCCACUGGAGGAAGAUGGCACACCGAGUUCUUGUCAAAUGUUUGCAGAGCCUCAGUAUCAUCUGCUCAUCAACUCAUCCCAUAUCACCAACCCACCUACGGUGCCAUGCCAAAAUGGAUGGGUGUAUGCCAACACCACUUUCAAGUCUACUCUGGCUACACAGUGGGAUCUGGUGUGUGACAAGAAGAGCAUAAACAGAACCACAGUCACCAUCUUCUUCAUGGGCGUCAUGUUCGGAGCAAUCAUAUUUGGCAGUCUUAGUGACAGAUUUGGCAGAAGAAAAAUGAUUCUGGUGUCCUAUUUGUCAACCAUCUUCUUUGGAUUUGCAAGCGCUUUCUCAUAUUCCUUUGCCAUGUUUGCUGUCAUGAGGUUCUUUACGGGAUUUGCAAUUUCUGGAAUCAGCAUCAUCUCCAUCGUCCUCUGUAUAGAAUGGGUGGAUGUUAAGCAUCGAACAGCUGUGGGUGUUUUGAUGAGCAUAGACUGGAGCAUUUCUACUGCUCUGCUACCUGUUGUGGCCUACUUUGUGAAUGACUGGAGGUACCUGACCGCUACAGUAACCACCCCACUGUUUUUGGCAGUGAUCACUUGGCGAUGGAUUCCUGAGUCUGCUAGAUGGCUGAUAAGCAAUGGAAAGAUGAACGAUGCUCAUUUUUACCUCAGUAGAUGUGCCAAGGUCAACCACAGAGAAGAGUUCCUAGCUGACCUCAAGCCCGAGACCCUUUCCCAAGUUUUACUUGUAGAGGGGGGAAACAAAAAGUACUCCUAUUUCGAUCUUUUAAGGACCCCCAGACUGCGACGACUAGCUCUCCUUACCGGCUGUGUGUGGAUGGGGGUGGCCUGUACGUACUAUGGAAUCAGCUUGAACGUGACUGGAUUUGGUGUCAACAUCUAUCUUACUCAGUUCAUCUAUGGUGCCAUAGAAAUUCCAGCAAAGGCAUUUGUCUAUAUCUCUUUGAACAAAAUUGGCCGCAGGAUGACUCAAGCUGGAACGCUUGUUUUGACUGGACUCUGUAUUUUCUCCAACAUAUUUAUUCCUCAUGACCUGUGGCUUUUUCGAACAGCUGUGGGAACUUUGGGUAAAGGGUUCUCAGAGGCCUCUUUCACAACGGUUUAUCUCUAUACAGCAGAGCUGUACCCCACGGUACUGAGGCAAAAUGGACUGGGUUACAGCUCUUUUCUUGCCCGUAUGGGGGUGUCUAUAUCCCCACUAAUCAUCCUGCUUGAAGAUGUGUGGUACCCUCUGUCGGGUGCUGUUUUCAGCACAAUGGCAAUAGCUGCAGGACUGUGUGCUUCUUUACUUCCAGAGACGCAAAAUGCUCGCCUGCCAGAAACAAUUGAAGACAUUGAGCAAACAAGGUAUAAGCGCUUAUCCGGAAAUGUACUGAAAUGUUACAGUGAGAGUUAUGUGUGA